AUGCGGACACUGAAGGAGAGUAGCUGGAUGAAGUUCGGACCGGCCGGCCGGGGGACCUACGACUGGGUGACGGGGGCUCCAUCGCCGCCGCCUCUGGAGAAGCAACUCCAGGGUUACCAUUGGAACGAGCUCUCCAACAAUGAGGACACCAGUUCCGAGAUGAUCCUCUACAUCGUCCUGUCGGCAACGACCCUCCUCGCUCUCUGCAUCCUGGGGUUCCUUCUGUAUCGGGGGUGCUCGCGGAGCAAGCUGAGCCUCGCCAACGUCAUCGCGCUGGACUUCCAGGACGCCGAGAGCGGCGUCGAGAUCCUCUCCUCGCUCACCGGCAAGUCCGAGAGGCUCCCGAGCACCAGCUCCGACGUGUCCGACGGCGUUUUCCUCAUGGUGUACCUGCCGCCGCCCUACGAAGAGACGCUCACCAAGAUCACCCGGGCCGCAAGCCUGACCAGCUCCAAAGACGUUGACUCCAUGAAAAUAGAGGACCUGGAGGCCAAGCUCUGCCCGGAAAUAAAAUCCAGCGGGCGCUACGUGUGA